AUGAGUCGAGAGGAUGAAUUCUCAUCACUUGUCACCCAAGCGCGUCUAAAAUGUGAGGAAGGGAAUUUUCAUGAGUCACUCAAGCUUUGUCAGGAUGCCUACGCAAUAAAUCCUUCUUCUAGUCUUAUGCGAAAAAUUGUUCGUCUUCAAAAUUUAGUAAGCCAAGAUACCAAGGAGAACAUUCCAAUAGCUCCCGAAAAAUCUGAAAAUUCUCUAAAAGGAGCUGCUAAGUACUUUGUUUGCGAGUCUGAGAAGUAUGUAUCUCCUAGUAACAUAACUGACAGCACUAAUCUUCUGAAGGAAGCGUAUUUAUGUGUUCCAUCAGCUGAGAUUGAAUCAAAGAUUGGACGAAGUGAAUCAGUUCAUCCUACAACCUAUACUGGUACUUCAAACACGAAAGAAGCUUCAGGGGAAGGGAAGCUUUAUGAUGGUACUCAAUCCACUCUAAUUGAUAAAGCAAAAUUAUUAUAUCAAUCUGGAGACUAUGUUGAAUGCCUUCGUCUUCUUAAAAAAGCCUACAACCUUAAGCAAUGCGAUAAAGUAAAGCGGAAAAUUGAAAGGAUCGAAAAUUAUUUGAAAGAAAACGGAAUUCCUGUUGAUCAUUAUGAUUAUAAGUUGCACACUAAUAAUGCUGUUACUGCAGGUGACCAUGAUGAUGAAAAGGACCCUCCUAAACUCACCUAUGAUUUGGUCGAAAUAGCUGAUAGUUUCAGUGUUCCCAAGUUGUUAUAUGAUAAAUUGUAUGAUUAUCAAAAGUACGGUGUUAAAUGGCUUUGGAGUUUACAUCAGAAAAAUUCUGGCGGCAUAUUAGCUGAUGAUAUGGGACUAGGUAAAACAGUUCAGGUUAUUGCUUUUCUUUCUGGCCUGUUCGUAUCUAGUAAAUUUUCUUGCACAGUGUUGAUUGUGAUGCCAGUCAGUGUUUUGGUUACUUGGGAAGCUGAACUAAAAAGAUGGGCACCAGGACUUCGUGUUAUUGUUUUUCAUGAUAACAGUCGAGCGGAUCGUCUUAAAAGUUUAGUAUCAAUCCAACGACAUGGUGGUAUUCUACUUACAACAUACGGAACACUUGUUUCCAGCAUAAAAGAUUUGUCUACUGAUUUAAAUGCAAAUCCUGAAUUUUUAAGGUCAUACAAAAAACAAAAAUCCACUGACAAUGAUGCCAGUGAUAUUCUUGCUAGGAUGGGUAAAGAAUUUCAUUGGACUUAUUUAAUAUUGGAUGAAGGACAUAAAGUCAAAAUUCAUCUGCUAAGACGACCAAAGCAGCUCAAGCAAUUUAUGCAGAUCAUUGUAUUCUCUUAACUGGUACUGCUGUACAAAAUAAUCUCAAGGAAUUAUGGUCUCUUUACAAUGUAACUCAUCGUGGUCGACUCUUAGGUACACAAAAAACGUUUUCUAUUGAAUAUGACAAACCAAUAACUCGUGGACGCGAGAGAGAUGCUUCUCGUGCUGAAAAAGUACACGGUCAAUUAAUGGCUGAGAGUUUACGACGUAUAAUAGAUCCAUAUUUUUUGAGACGCACAAAAUCUGAAGUUUUAUCUCAACAGUAUAAUAUGAAUGCGGCUGUACCGAUUAAAGAUAAAAUGCCACGUAAAACAGAA